AUGGAUCAAGAGAACCGUUUCAAAUUGCUUGUUCUCGCAAUUCUACUUCUCGGCGCAUGGCUUCUGAACGAGCAAAAGAGGAUGCUCGAGACGGAUAGGAAGGGCUCCGCUGUGGAGUUCGAGACAUCUACCCAGAGGUUUGUGCCUAUCUUUUAGUUUCCCAAUUCUGAUCCGUUUCAGUCCGGUAGUGGUCAAAGAGUGUGUAGUUCCCGAGUGGAAUCAGAAUGUAACGAGCGAAGUUCCCCACUCCGAACAGUUCAAAGAAUGGGUUGAAGGGGGCUUUGGGAAACACGUAUGUAACUUUCUAUCAACUACUCGAUCUCAAAGCGAAUUCCAGAACAAUAUUCUGGAUGCGGAGCCACGUCUCCUCUCCGCAUUUGUCUAUCCCGACCAAAUCUCAAUCGUGACGACUGCGAUGUACACGUACGGAAGGAAUGCGACUUGCUUGUACUUUGACUGCAAUCGCAAUGAAAUUCCCGCUUCUGAAUUCGUUUCUCUUGUCAUUCCGAUGACUGUCAUUUCCUGUCCAAGGAGGUACGGAGCCGAGUACGUCAGCAUUUCGCUCGAUGACAAUCGUCAGCCGCACGAGCCGAUCCCUUUGAUUUUCCGAGCAUUCGAACGUGAGCCAGUUGCACUUAAGGAGCCCAUUCGACAGCUGGCCGACGGAAAAGUCACGGGGUCAUUUUGCAGAACCGAUUCAUGAGCUUUCUGUCUGCGUGGGACCUCUGUACGGCAACGAAAGCAAGUGGCUGGAAGUGAUCGAGUACGUCGAACAUUACAAGCUUCUGGGAGCUUCAUACUUCUAUUUCACCCUUUUCUAUGUGAACGAGUACGAUCGGAAAGUGAUCGAUGACUACUCUAGGUUGGGAUUGGGCGAAUCGACAAGUUAUGUGACGGAAUACGAGAAGCUCGGAUGGCAAUUCCACUUGAUUCAGACUCAUGUGAGUGCAGAACUCUCCUGUCUAAAUAGCUGAGUGCAUUUUCACUUCAGGAAUGUCAUCACAGAAGCAGGUACCACUCCAAGUGGGUCAUCAACAUGGAUAUUGACGAGCGACUUGUGUACACUGGGCCAGGCAACUUGAUACAUUACCUGAGGUGCUAUCCGCCGUCAACACGUGACGAUGUUUUUGUUUUCAGGUCAAUGCCGGCGUACAUUUCAGAAGUAAGCUUUAGUACGAACCGAGUUCUGAAGACUGAAGAGAUGCCGAGAAAAUACGAGAAGGAAACGGACCUCGUUUCCGAAAUGCUCUUCUUGAAGUACAACCAAACGACGGAGAUCAGCUGGUACAACCUGAAGGGAGUGAUCCGUCCUGAACUCGUCGCUCUCCUCUUCUAUCACUGGUCUUAUCGGCAGUUGGAAGACACGCGAGUGAUGUCAGUUCCGAAAAGAUUCGGGCAUAUCAGACACUAUCGGAGCACGGAUGGAUCUGCAUUGAACGGAAACUGGAAGCAGUUCUACAAUGGCGAUUUUCAUGCGACACGACUGGAAAAGACAUUCGAGCAGGAGCUGGUGACGGCGGUUCAGAAGAGAGUAAAGUACGUGUACGAUCAGAGGAUGAUCAGGUGCGAAGAGAUUCCCGACUGGAUAUUCAACGCGUUCAGCAGAAACCUUCUCGACUGCAAGUUCAAGUACGAAUGA